AAGAACACACCAAUAUUAAUUGCAGUAAAGAAUGGUGUGAAGGAAAUGGUGGAGAAAAUCCUUGAAGUUAAUCCAGUUGCCAUUAACGACAAGAAUGAAGAAAAAAAGAAUGUAGUAUUGUUAGCAGUGGAGAAUAGACAACCUGAGGUGUAUGAGCUCUUAGUUAAGAGGAAGUUUCGGAAAGAUAGUGUGUUCCGAGCAGUUGACAACAACGGGAACAGCGCAUUGCAUCUGGCUGCAAAGUUAAGUAAUUAUCAACCUUGGCAUAUUCCUGGAGCUGCAUUGCAAAUGCAAUGGGAAAUGAAGUGGUAUAAGUAUGUCAAGGAUUCCAUGCCGCCGCAUUUCUUCACUCAUUACAAUGGCGGUAGACCCACUCCAAAGGAGAUCUUCACGAAAGACCAUUCUGACCUUCUGAAGGAAGGAGGCAAAUGGCUGAACAACACUUCCAGUUCCUGCUCCGUCGUUGCAACCCUCAUUGCAACCGUUGCUUUCGCCACAUCUGCCACUGUGCCAGGCGACUUCAAUGAAAAGAAUGGGAACCCAAAUCUUGCACACCAAUCAGCUUUUAAUCUCUUUGCGGUUUCAUCACUAAUUGCUCUCUGCUCUUCAGUGACUUCCCUGGUCAUGUUUCUGGCGAUUCUCACCUCUAGGCACCAAGAGGAUGAUUUUCAUGAGGAAUUGCCUCGGAAGCUUUUAUUUGGUUUAACUGCUCUAUUCAUAUCAAUUGCGGCUAUGUUGGUCUCUUUUUGUGCAGGACACUUCUUUGUCCUCAAAGAUGAACUCAAAAAUGCUGCCCUUCCCGUAUAUGCAGUUACCUGCCUUCCAAUAUCAUUUUUUGCUAUAGCCCAGUUUUCCUUAUACUUUGAUCUUGCGUGGGCUACUUUUAGGAAGGUACCACAACGAAGUUAUAAGAUGGCUUUCUAGGAUUUGAUGAUUAAAUAAAUAUGUUUGUAUGUGCUUUGUGAGUAGCUGGGAUUAUGGUUUUGAUGUGUUUUUGCUUGUUUUGUUUCUUCUACGUUUCUGAACACUCAUGUCGAGGAAGAAAAUUGAUGGAAUGACCAUUAAUUGUCCUUA